GUGGGACGCUGGCCGCACCCACCUGCUCGGGUCAGUGAGGCCCUGGAGGGUGGGAGGGACGCUGCUGAACACGACCCGCCUGGCUUUGCAACUGGCAGAUUACCUAGAAGUCCCUUGUGACCCAGGUCUUGGCUUAGAGAUGGAGGAAUCAGGAUCAUCUUCCUUUGUUGUUCCGGAGCAAUAGCGGCAGAACCUGGAGAGACAGCACAACACUAAGCACGACAGGCAUGGCUGAGCAGAGUCUUAUUUCAUCUGAGCAAUGGCUUCAGCUGCAUGGGCUUAAGAGCAAGAAGCUGAGCUUGAAGCAGAUCUUGUCCCAGAUUGGAUUCCCACAGUGCGAAGAUUAUGUGACUUCUUUGAGGAGACUCGUGACUUCUCGGUAUGCUGAAGGCCUCUUCCCACAGUUCUACACAGCAGAAGAUGGCAGGCGGUACAACCUGACAGCGAAGUCAGAGCUGAUUCACCAGUUUGUGGAGCAUUUAACACAGGCCGUGGAGAGCUAUAAGCAGCGGAUGGGCUGGCUUACCAGCAGGAGCCGACAGAUUUUUGGUGUCAUCUUGGAACAGAGCGUCACCAUAGUACUGGAUUUCAGUGACAUUCUGACGGAGGAGCUUAAUCUGUGCCGGGACGCGCUGACAAUGGUCCUCCAGGAGCAGGUGGCUCUCAUCACCAAGUUCAACAUCAUCUGGGUUUCUGAAGAGCCAGUGAAAUGGCAGGAGUGUGCUACCUCUGUGACCGAAGACUCCAUAGCUGCCGCCAUCAGCUGGGUGGAGAAAAUGGCUUUGGAGCCAGUGGCUGUGAGAGAGGUUAGCUGCCUGGAUUCUCUGGUGGAAGCUGGGAAAGACAAAACUAUUGAAGCCAUUUAUUACUUCGUGGUGGGGGAUGUUCCAAAGGAGUCUCAGGAGCUUCUUCUCCAGAGGGUUUUAGAGAUCCCAUAUCCAGUCUGCACAGUGUCCUUCAAUGCCAGACGAGAAGAAACUGUAGCUUUCCUAAAAGAUCUGAGUGCCAAGACCAACAGCAGAUUCCAUGCCUUUGCUGAGAGAACAGAGUGUCUAGAAUUCUCUACCUUUUCCACAGAAGAUAUUGAUGGCGCAGUGACUUGGAAUUCAAGGAAACUGAAAGGGAGACUUCCUCCAGGUGCUGGUGUCAGAGAGGAUGUGUUUCUCAUUUGGAGAGAAAUGGAAGAAGCCUGCAACACACUGGUUCAGAUCCGGAAUCUGGUGGACAAGACUCCUCAGUCGGAUGUGGUCCCUGAAGACUGCAGAGCAGCGUCUGUUGAGAAUAAAGAAAACGCAGAAGACAUCUGGGAUUCUCAGCAGUGGCUCCAGAAAUAUGGCUUGGGGGCCCAGAAGCUGACCUUUUACGAUGUUCUUGCUGACUGCUCCUUCCGCCACGCUGACGGAGUCGUUGACAUAAGAGCCAAACCGGAAGACGAGUCUGUGCAGACCAGUGCGGACCCCAAUAGGAAGACAGUCCAUGCCAAAUACUGCAACAGAUUCAUCCACGUUCCCUGGAAGGAUGGGAGCUUGGUCCACGUCAACAUUACCAAGGAGAAGUGCAGAUGGUACAGGGAGAGAAUUCACACAGCCCUGACCAGGAUCCAGAGGAGGAUUAAGUGGCUGCAAGAUGGGAGUCGAGUCCUCUUUGGGAAAGUAUGUGGAGAUUGCAUCUACAUCCUCAUUGAUACAUCUCACUCAAUGACGAGCAAACUGGACCUGGUGAAGGAUAAGAUCAUCCGGCUCAUAUGGGAACAGUUGAGAUACAAGCGUAAAUUCAAUUUUGUGGCGUUUGAUGGUCAGGCAACUGCUUGGCGGGAAAAACUUGCUGAAAUCAAUGAAGAUCAUUUGGAACAGGCUGAGUCGUGGAUUAGAAACAUUAAGGUUGGAAGUUCCACAAAUACCCUGAAUGCCCUGAAAAUUGCUUUUGCCGACAAAGAAACAGAAACCAUCUACCUUUUGACGGAUGGGAGACCCGAUCAGCCACCAGAAAUGGUGAUGGACCACGUCAAACUUUUCCAGAAUAUUCCUAUCUAUGCCAUCUCCUUCAAUUACAACGAUGAGGUUGCAAAUGAGUUCUUGAAGGAGCUAGCCUCUGUGACCGGAGGAGAGUUCCGUGCUUAUAAUUUUGGCUGCAAGGAUCUUAUCCUUCAGGAUGUUCAGCAGGAUGAAGACAUGAGCCUCUUGAUUCAGGAGAUGCAACAGGGCUACAGCGACCUGGAGAAGAUGCAGGAGCUUUACUCUGAGUCCUUAGUCAUGGACUGGUGGUACAAUGGAGAAAAGGGGGGAGGCUUCAAGCAUCAAAAGGAAAUCUGCUCCAUGGUUUCAACCCCAGAAAAAUAUGAAAACUCUCAAUCAGAUGCUGACUCAAUGGCUGUUUCACCCCCCAAGGUGUCUAAAGGACCAUGGAAGAUUUUGGAUGGAAAGACGCAGAAAAAGAAACUCCUGCAUGCAGAAUCGACCAAAACCAGCCAACUCAGAAGCCAGAUAGCCACCUCCAAGAACUGCAGUUACACCCAGGACAGCUCCAGCCACACCAAGGACAGCUCGAGCCCCAACAGUUGCGUCACCACUGUUCCGAGUGACAGAGAAAUGAGCAUCCUGUGGAUGAAUAAGCACCUAGAUGACAAACUGUCUGAGAGACUCGCCAGAAAUGGAAGCCACGUUACUGACCACACCUCUGCAGACAUGUCCUCUGAAAACUGGCUCCAAACCCACAGCCUCGUGGCCAAGAAACUCACCAUCAUGGAUGCCUUGGCUGGAACGGCAGUGCCCCACAAUGCCACCUAUGUCCCCAUCCUGAAUAAGCAUGUUGCCUCCAAGGUCUUCGAUGAGAUGUCCCCUCUGGCACAUGUGUGCAAUGACACCAAUAAGAUGAUAUUAAUUAACCCCCAAGGAGUCAAACUCAAUAUCUACAAGCAAAAUGUGGAACAGGCCAUUAAAUCCUACGAAAAACGCUUAAAUAAAAUCGUCUGGCAAGCACUGUCCGAAGAGGAAAAAGAGAAGUUGGAUGCUAUCAAGCCCCUGCAAUACUUGGAAAACAAGGCAGUUUUAAACAAAGCCCUGGAGCGCCUGAAUUGGCCCAUUUCCUUGAAAGAGCUGUCGGUGCUAGAAAAUGAGAUCUUGGUUGGGAAAAUGUACAUCCAGCAGGCGAUGGAGCUCCAGGAGGCUGCCAGGAAGAACUGCACAAACAAGACCCUGGAGGAGCAGCAGAAAUUACAAGGGUGUCCAACAAAGAAAACCAAAUCAAGGAAAGUAGAUCCCCUCAAAGGCCAGAAGGUCGUUGCCAGAUGUGAGGAGAAUGGCUUCUAUUUUCCAGGGGUCGUGAAGAAAUGUUUGAGCCCCACCCAUGCACUGGUAGACUUCAGGUACGGAGAAACCAAGGCGGUGCCCAUCUCCUUCAUCACACCUGUUGGGGGCGCUAUGCCCUGCCCGCAACUGCAGGUUGGAGAUUAUGUGUUUGCCAAAAUCAAGACAAGCAAAGGAUUUGACUUCUAUGUCCCCGCCAUUGUCAUAGCACUUCCAAAUCGGGAUGUGGCUUCAGAGAAAUUCUACACAGUUUUGAAAUGUAACAACCGCAGAGAAUUUUGCCCUCGGAGUGCACUUAUAAAGAUCAGCCAAAACAAGUAUGCUGUCUCUUGCUCUCACAUAAAUUCGUCCCAGGUUGAGAAGGCUCAAGCAGUGAAAGAAGUAGAGGCAAGCAAACCUUCCCAACUCUGGACAGUGAUUGAAGAAGACACUGGAAAAUUGAAACUAUCGAGACAAGAGAACCUUAAAAAAAAGAAAAAGAAGCCCACCAAGAGGUCGCCUCUCAGGGAGAUGAUGUCCUCGGAUUCAGAUGGCUCGUCCCAUGGCACCAGGUUCUCCACUCGAGGCCUAGGACACUGCCCACCUCGCCUUCGCUGCUCCACCAGCACCAGAAGCAGUCCUGCUCUGACAGAUUCCAGCCAUCCACAGCGCAAGGGGCUGAGGACCCAUCGCUGAGGAACCCUAAGGCGUACACCCUAGUGGCAGCUAACUUUAAGCAAGCCACUGUUCCUCCAGGGCUGCUCAGAUCCUAGCCUCUGGACCCUGUGGAGCAAGCCUCUCUUCUGAGGUAAGGCUUCCCUUCAUUCCGAUCAACGCCUUCCCUGUUGAUGAGAACCAGCCAGAACCUGCUAUUUGAGCUUAGGGAUUUUUCUGGCCAUCCCGUAUCCCGCUUUUUCCCCAACACCACAAAUUGUUCUCAGUCUUUUGAUACACUCUGUCUACGUAGCAGCACUAGCUUGAUGAGCUACUAUCAGAAUGUUCUCAGGGGUUUGGGGGAGUCCGUUUAGUUAGGCCCCACACCUACAAUCUUGUUUUAAAUUGGUUCUUCCUUGUGAGUUAAGAAUGUUGUCACAUAACAUGAAGACUGAAAUUAAGACCUGGUUGGUAGCUUGCCUGGGAUCUGUAAGCCUGAGCAGUCUCUGUGUUACUGUUUUCUGAACAUUUCUGUUGAGCCCUUCCUAAUUGGUUGUGUCUGUAGUCUGUUGUAGGUACCUCUAUUGAGUACAGAAGCUGAAUAAAAUCUUACAUUGGAAACAUU